GUAGCCUUGUAGCCCUUACAUCACACACUUUCCUCAAACAGUUGAGUUCCCUCUCAAUCAGAAAGGAUGAAGUGCACAGUGCUGUUCCUUGUGCUGUCGAUGGUUGUCCUCAUGUCUGAACCUGGGGAUGCCUUUAUUCACCACAUUUUUGGUGGAAUUGUUCACGUUGCCAAGACUAUCCAUGGUCUCAUCCAUGGAGGAGGAAAUAAGGAGCAGCAGCUGGAGCAGCAACAGGAGCUAAACGAGCGCUCGUUUAACCGAGAGCAGCUCAAACAAGAGAGGGCUGCUUUCAACGAGCGAGUCUAAAAUGCAUUAUUUUAGUUGAAAAGAAAUGUAUACUGCAAACAUGAACUAAUUUUUAAAAAAUGACCUGCUGGGAUUGCCAUGAGUUUAAAUGAUGCUUGACUCUUACAUGAUUUAAAAAGACAUAGCAGGUGAUUUGAAUAAAUUCUCAACAAGGUCAAAUCUUCCGGAACACUUGUAAUGUGUAGAACAACUUACUUGCUUGACCAGCAUUUUGAUGUAAUGCUGAAACAGAAUAAAUCUUCAUU